AUGUUCACACGUUCGAUUUUCCUAUUAUUAUUAUCAAAUCUCUUAGUCAGAAGUUUGAAGAAUCUUAAUGAUCCUCAGAUUUUAAAGCCAUCAUUUUCUCCAUUAACGUCAUUGAAAUACACCAUGGUACGAUCUUCCUUGAUGUCCAACUGUUAUCCCGACGCAUCAGAAACAACACAAUACUCCGUAAGAUCAGUGCAAAGAUGUGCAGCUCAUUGCAGCGUCCUACCGACCUGCAGAAGAUUCAAUUAUUAUUACCAGAGUAAUGUCUAUGGAACUGCUGGAGAUUGUCGCUUGUUUCCAUCUUCCAACUGCCACCAUGUUCCUCAAAUCAAUGGAUUUCUUGCUUAUGUUAAUAAUGCUCCGUGGGAUGCACAACAAUUAAUCAUCGAAACCACAACAACUACUGCAUCUUCACAUCUCGGCUACAACUGUGGCUCGAUGGAUCCUUGCAAAAUCUUCAACAAUCGAACAACUACUGUGAUAGAGUACUUUUCUCACUCCGACAGUGAUAAAUUUAUUCAAUGUGACGGAACCACUUGUAAUGUGAAAACAUGCCCACCUGAUUCAAUUAAUUGCGCAAAGCCUUAG